AGGUGUUCCCUAGUUUGUGAGCUGACUCUGGCUUGUGAGGCAUGGUCCAGUGCGAUCCUUGUCAUGACCUCCGUCUCUGACUGAUCGAGUCAAAGGUGAUGUUCCCAGUGUCGAUCUCGAAUGUCUCCACCGCUGUUUGGGCGCACUGAGACUUUAUACGGUUGGCUGAGCCACUCACAAUCUUAGGUUUUGAAUCAUGCCCUUAUUUGGAAGAUGCCAUCCCUUAUGGAUACAAGCCUCAGAAAGCAUGCAUCAUCGCUUAGGAGACAAUGCAUAGUCAUUUACCUGCAAGGCUGAGCUAUGGAAAUUCCCCAAACCCCACUGGGAAUUCCCCCACAGAGGGGGUCCAGUGAGAUGUGGCAGGGUGAAAGGAGGCCUGGCAAGCCAGACUCCUGGAGGUUUAUGAGUGAGAGCUGCAGAAUCAGGACCACAGAAGUCCAGGUCAUCUGGCACAAACCAGAGGGGGGACUUCCAAGCUGUUAAAGAAGGCCAGGUCAUCUGGAAUGGCCUUACUAAUGGGUGAGAAGACUGCAGAAGGAACAAAAUUCUCUUCCUUGAAGAAGGCUAGACAGAAAAUAUUCAGGACUCAAGUUAGCAUUCAGGUAUAUAGACCCUCAAAAGUAAGAAAAAAGGUAUAAGGCCAGGGCUCCUGAGAAAAGGUUUAGCACAGACCUUUCUACCUGCAGAUUCACUCUUUAUAGUAGUUAGAAGGUAUCCUGCGUGGAAAGAUAUAAAUGUCAAUGAAGGGACAGAGCAUGUUCAGUUGUCACCGUGAUGGCUCUGGCUUUGCUCUCCUUGGAAAGCAAAUAAAAGGCUGAAGUGGGACUGUCAGCAGAGCUAGUGGAUUUCCAUUGAGUUUCUUGGAGCCUGCGCUCCUUGCCCCCUCCCCUCUUAUUCUUCAGAUAUAGCUGAUUAAUACACAUAUUUCUGUGUCGCACAUGAAUGGGUUUUGGAGUGUGUCAGUUGUGUGAGAAAAAUUGAUAGUGCGGGCUGUAGAGCAUGGCAGCUGGAAUCUCUCCUACUAGAGCUGCAGUUCUUAGUUAUAGGAGAUUUGCUAAAUCCUGGCUCAGCUAAGAGGCAUUUUCUACGCCUCUUUUCAAUUCCCUUCUCGUUCUUUUUUGCUCAGGUUCUCAGAGCAUGGCCAUCACCAUCGCAUGACCCUGAGAAGAGCUUAAAUAGCACUCACCUUAUUGGAUAGAAAAUGUGUACAUGGCAAUAUGACCCCCAACAAGAAUAUGACAAUAUGACCCCCAGCACUCCUAACCUUCUCCCUCAAAAGGGCACACCUCACUUCAGCAGCUGCUGGGGGCAGCAGUUGGUUCCAUGGCUUGUCCAUUCACCUUGCCCAUCUCUGCAAGUAGAGGCAGUGGUGGGUCACCCAUUGCAUUCAUAGAUUGCCAGCUUAUCUUUCAACUAGUAAUGAGCAAAAAAACUUCAUUCUCUCCUGCUCAGACCAGUUUGCAAAAGGACAACCUGGCUACUUCUGCUUUUGGGGAAAGCAGGUUUCCAGUGGGACUCGCAUCCUUUUUCUUGAUAGAGUGCUCUAAGUGCCAGGUCUCAGUUCCAAGCAAUCCAGCACGAGGUAAGAAUGACAUUCCUAUAGUCUUAUUGUCUCUGACUGGAUUUAUCUUAGUGGGAAGGGUAAAGGAAUAGAGAAAUGUGUUUACUUGAAAGACAAUCCCCUCCUUGAGGCACAGGGUCUUCAAUCCUCCAUUUCAAACCAGCUUACUCUGCUUGCAAUUCCAAUGUGCUGCGCACAUUCUUCUCAGUAUGUGCCAUGCUCCUGCCCAAUUCCAGAAUCCUUAUAGCAGAGGAAUCAGUCUUUAUAAAUUGGGGCUCCCUCACAACCUUUGCUCAGAUGAUAUUGGCCAGAAUUCACAGACAUGUCUAGGUGCCUUAUUCACCUUUCAAUGGCAAGUUGGGUGCCAAAAAGGAGUUAGGCCUGUAAGGACCUUUAUGAAUCUGGCCCUUGGUCUCUCUGAUGCCCAUCUGCACAAUGCAGUUAUUAGCACUCAUUGGCCCCUCAGUGGUGUGUGAGGCUAAAUGCAUUUAAGAUGUUGAAAUCCAUGGGUAACAGGACCAUCUAAAGUAGAAAGAUGUGGUCUGUAGGAUCUCUUUGCUACUGGAAGUUUGAUUCAUCCUCCCCAGGCAGGAAAGCACACAUGUACAGAGAAGGCUGUGCUGUCAUCAGACACUGGUUUCAAUGCCUGGAUUGGAGACGCUUGGCUUUUGGCCGAGGCUCCUCAGGGAGUUGGCAGCAAGAGAAGAAGAGUGGGCACCAGAUUUCUAAUUAACGGACAGUCCGUCUGCUGCCUUUGAUUUCCACAUCUCUGGAGAGGGGCAGGAUCAGUGGCCUAUGAGAGCUCCUUGUCUGUUUAGACCCCUCUUUAAAACUUCUAAAUAUAAAAUAAUCUGGAGAUGCUUUGAUAAUUCUCAAAAGAAACUGAAACGGAAAAGCCUUUGAGCGGCUUAUACAAGAAAACCCUCUGCAAAGUCUGGCAGCAGGUGAUUCUCUGAAAGGUCUUAGUUCACAGGAGAUGGCAACACUUUUGCUUCCUACAGUCCCUGUCACAGACAAGAGAAGAAGGGCUCAGGAUCAUUUGUAGCCUAUAGCUGGUACAAGGCUUCUCAACAUGUGAAUUUUCCAUUCAUGUCUUUAUAAUUCUUCAUUUACCCCGUGAUAGCAGCCAGAACCUCCCAGUCCUGCUAUCUUGCUUUUCUCCUCAUGCAUGACUUGUUUCUGCUACCCCUCUUCCCCACCCCCCAAUCAAGUAUGCUUUCCAUGCAUGUAUGCAAAAUCAUAAAUACCUUCUGGCAGAGGCCACCUGUGGGUACACAGAGUGUGAAUGUGCCUUUUACCCUGGAAUGUCAAACGAGAAAUGGCUGUCGGUAUGACCUCCAAAACCCUAGGAACAGGAGUGAGAACAUGCCACUUGUAUGUCAUCUUUCAAAGUGAUUGAUGCUCCCCUGAUCCCUGCAGGGUGACAGAAAGCAUUGCCAGGAAGAUUCCUAAGUUUUGCAGGGAACACUUGGAUCAUCCAAAGAAGGCGGAAGGUGCCCAGGUGGCUGCAUGUGGCUGGCUGCCUUAGCAUCACCUGGGAGGACUCCAUGGCAGCUUGAGCAUGGCCGGAUAUGAUCUGAGCAGUGCCCAUGGUGCUCUGUGGUACAGUGGAGCAUGCGUAAUUGUGAGCAGUACCAGACUGACUCUAUGGCAGGUACACUGCAUGCAGGGUAAAGCACAGACUACAGCCAGCUGAAUCAAAGUGAGAGACUCUCUCCCUUCUCCCCAACCCAGAGGGUUUCCAUAGCAAUGAGAAGGUGUUAGUGACAGAAUCAGGCAGAAGAUCAGGUGGAUGUAAAGGUUUUUUCUACUACCUAUUCAAGAUGAUCUACACAGAUUAGCUUGUCUCCCACUUUUUUCUUGCAAGGGGCCUCCAUGAGCUAGACUGGUUUAACUCAUUUUGCUGGGUUCCAUUUUAUUUCUAGACAGACUUAGGCCGAUGGGGCCAGAUUGUGGUUUUAACUCUGCCUGCCUUACUCAGCUCCUGGAUAAUCAUGGCAGAUUUAAGCCACCAUCUCUAAGUCCCUGGGCUGGACAGGCAGAGUACAUUUAUGCUUCUAGUGCUCUCAGCUGCUAAAACAAUCCCUUGGUACCACUGGUGUCGAGUGCGUGCAAUGUAAAGCAGCCCCCAGGCUGUUGUAAUUUACACCAAGACCAGGGAUGGGACAGAUAAACCUGUUAACUCAUUGGGAGACUUACUUGAAAAGCCCUCUAAGACUUAGACAAAUAAGGUUUCAGCAAAUUUAAUUUAACACUCCAUCAACCCCCCACCAAGUAUGUUCCCAAGGCUCUCUACAGAGGAGGAAUUCUAUGUUAUACUUGACUACUUUCUCCUGUCUACCCAGUCUCUGUGUCCAUCCCCACUCUUUAUAUUGCAUUUUUUGUCUGUGAAUUCAUAAAUUAAGGUUUGGCCUUGGUGGGAGGCAUAUUUAGAUUUCAAAGAGGACUUUUAUCUCAUGAUGGGGGAGGGAGGAAGGGAGAGAGACAUUGGGAGACACGAGACAAGACUGCAAUUAAGAGAAAAAGGUGAAAUGCUCUGCAAAGGUUUGGGUAUCAAGGCCAUCCAGCACAACCACAGCUAUGAGGGGCUUCAGGGUAAAGUGAGGGGGCUGCAAAUGAUAUGGAUGUGAACACAGCUGUGUGGAUGCUGAAUUCUUCAGUUUGGUGGCCAAACCCAAAACAUUAAUAAAAUCCAUUUGAUUUGUCCCAAAGCAGAAAAUGUUAAGGUUCUGUAAGCUAAAACAAAAAUAAACACCUCCCCCCUUAAAAAUAUUCAUUUCAGCAACCUCAAAGCAACCAUUUCAUUUUGGGUUAUUUAUUAUUUUAUUUAUUUUAAUUUAGGUCAUUUUCAAAAUGAAAAAAGUUUCAAAAUGAAAAGUCAAAGCCAUUUGUUUUGAAAAUAUCUACUGGUAAAUGAAACAUUUUGAAAUAUUCAACCAUGUUUGUCCCCAUUCCUCAAAUAAAAGUAGUAACUGAUCUGAAUGAGCAAAUAGUUUAAGUCGUCUCAAAAUGGAUUUUUAGUGAUUUUUCUUUAUGCUAAGGAAAAAAAAUUGCCUGGCUCUAAAUGUAAUGCAAAAGAAUGUGAAGCAAGAACAUGCUGAAAUGUGUUGGUUUUAGGGGCCUGAUACCCGAGUUCCACAGAGCAUUGUGAAAGCCCCAGUCUCUUCCAUUCCCACUGCCCUUAAGUCCCUGGGGAUGGGAGAUGGAAAGGAAAUCUGGUUGACCUCCAAUCCUUGACUACAUUCAAACCUUUUCCUUGAAUAAAUGUUUUCGAUACUGCCAACUCUAGGGGAAGGGGUUGCACACCUGAGCUUCAACAUCAUGUUGGGUAGGAGAGAAAUGGGCUGUGUAUGUCACCUAUCACUUCAACAGGUUCAAGGGGCUACCUGCCUACUGAAGUAGUGACUCUGAAGAGCUGGCAAUAAAGCUAUUAUUUUAAUAUCCCUUUAAAAGGCCCACAACAUGUGGACCAGCAAAAGGCCCCUCAGUUCAUCAGACCAUUAGGAGCUUCAAAGCUUCCUGAGACCUCAGGGGACUUCCCUUCUGACCCACACUGAUUUACAAAUCCACCCUCAUCUCCUCAGUAUUAAAUGCAGGAGGUUUGGAAAAAGAGGGAGUGCCAAGCUGUGCAGGUGCAUGCUUGGCCAGGAGCCAUGGUGCUUCUGAUAGUUUGGGCCCAAACAGAUCCUAGACAUCUCUGACUCUGUGUUUCUGCCAGGUUUUCCUCAGUCAGAGGAAGCAGCAGGGAGCCAGUAGCAUGUUGUAGCUGCCCUGGUCAAUGGACAGGUCAUUUGAAGUUUUCCAGAAUCACCUAGUGAGAAGAGAACAAAUCAUGUAGUGUCUGGAGUGCAUGUGUUCCCAGGGAGCUGCUCACAGGCCUAGGAGGGCCUCACUGCUCAUCCUAAUGGAGAGGUGGCUGCUUCAUGGCACAUCUUCUUCAGCCUUUGCAUGUGUCCAGCCAGGAAGAAAUGCUGAUUUGGGUCCAACUAUGGGCUUGCCAGACUGGUAAUGCAGUGGGAGCCAACUUCUUUGGCAAGUACAUGAUAAGGGUCACCCUCCUUUCAGCUCCUUCAAGCAAUUUUCAGCAGAAUGGAAAGUAUGAGUGAGCUUCAAAACCCACUGCUGGCCAACAGCAAUGGGCACCUUCAUGGCAGCUACUCUUACCACCAGCAUCACAACCAGGAUUACCCUAGUCACCGCUGCCAGGGAAAACUGUACUCCUACUUCUUUCAAAACACUGGCACCACCAGGACUCACCAGCUGCUUGAUGCCAGUUCUCUGCAGUUGGCUGUAGAAGCAUUGUAUGGCCCUGACUUCAUCCUGGUGAAGGAUGAGGCUAACCUCAAAGCCAAGGACAACAAAGGGGAGAGCUGUGAAACAACCUUUGUGGAAAACAAAGAGGCACCCUCCGAGGCUCCAGACGGGCGAGAAGUACAAGGGCCAUGCCUGGUGGACAGCGAUAUCAGAAUCCAAACCGUAUCCUAUGAGGUAGAGGAGGAGGAAUUCCAGGAAUAUGAGAGUGACUCCUCCAGUGACAGUGAGAGUGAGGACCAUUUCCUGAUGCUUCCCCCACAAGACCACCUUGGUUUGGCCAUUUUUUCAAUGCUCUGCUGCUUCUGGCCUCUGGGGAUUGCUGCCUUCUACUUCUCCCAAGGGACCAGUAAAGCUGUCUCCAAAGGAGAUUUCCACAUGGCAAGUUCAGCAUCCCGGAGGGCUCUCUUCCUUGCUGCACUCUCUAUAACCAUUGGCACGGGGGUAUAUAUUGGUGUGAUUGUAGCACUGGUUGCUUACCUAUCCAAAAGUGGCCAUGUAUAGCACAGACCUUCUUGCCAAAGCUCUUGCACUCUGUGCCCAAUGGCCAACCAUACUGGGACUCAGACUUUCAUAUGGGGCAAUGGACAUGAUGCUUGCAAGGGCUAUUGAAUAGCUUCAUCAGUGGAGGGACCUCACCUGAAAGCAGACUGCAGACCGUUUCCCUUUCAGAUGACCAACAGACUCUACUCUCCUUUAAACCUGGUGAACGACAGCCCCCUAGCAAAGAAUUUGGUGUGGGCAGAAAGUCCUGGAUUCUGAGACUGAGAAGAUGAUAUUUCAUUCAUGGAAGAAGGGGGAAGAGAUAUUACUGCUUCAGCUGCAGAGCCUGGUGCAGCCACUCCCAGUUUCCAAGACAAUCUGCCCAUGCUCUAGUCCUGCCAUGUAGAAUUCUUCCACCUAUGGUAUCACAACCCUUAUCUAUCUUUGGGGCACAUGGGAAAUAGCAGGAAUAAGCCUGUAGGGAUUUUAUUCGUUGCUCAUGCUUUUGGGAGAUAAGAGUCACAGUCUCUUUGCAGAAGAUGUUGGUCAGGAGCUUGCUCUUGUGCUAGGGAAAUCAUUCACUAUCUAGUGCCAAAAGUCAGCCACUGCCCCUUGAGCUGCAACAAAGCAGAGCCUCCACUACAGAGGAAGCUCUGGGCUUCCCCCUGUGUAGCCUCAGCAGAAAGAUCUGGACUCAGGCUUUAUCCCUGUCACAUUCUGCUGAUCCAUGGCUCAGCCCAGACUUUGAACAUCACAGUGUUAAACUAGAUGAUGAAUAUUUGUUUGAUUGGUAAUUAUGCACACCAUUUUACAUGCUGAACCUGGUUGAGUAGGCUCUUGAGAUUCUUCUAUACUAUUGUUCUACUGCAACAAAGAGGGGCACACCAGUGCCCUGCCCUGUUAGAUUAUGUGAAGAGAGAAAGUUAGAGCCCCUGCUCCAAAAGCUUGCCA